UCGUUUUGAAGAGUCCCCUUGCAUUAAUCUUAUCUCAAUUUCUUGAAAUAUUGUUACAGAGGAUAUUGACUUGACAUCUCUCCCCGGUUUCUAAUCCUAGAUUGAAUAAGCAACAAUGGCUGCAUCAGUAGCAGCGGCAAAGGAGGUGGUGUGCGUCACAGGAGCCAAUGGGUUCAUCGGUUCCUGGUUGGUCCGGACCCUACUCGACAAAGGCUACGCCAUCCACGCCUCAAUUUUCCCGGGCUCUGAUGAUUCCCACCUCCGUUCCUUCCCAGGCGGCGCCACCACCGACGGCCGCCUUUCUAUCUACGAGGCCGACAUCCUCGACGCUGACGCUGUUUCCAGGGCCGUCGAUGGUUGCUCUGGUGUUUUCCAUGUGGCUUCACCAUGCACCCUAGAGGACCCCAAGAACCCUGAGCUGGAGCUGCUGCGCCCGGCCGUACAGGGAACCCUCAACGUUCUGGAGGCGUCUAGGAAGUUCAAGGUGAGGCGAGUGGUCAUCACGUCGUCCAUCUCCGCCAUCGUCCCCAAUCCCUCCUGGCCCAGCACCAAGCCCUUCGACGAGUCCUCCUGGACCGACCUCGAUUACUGCAAGUCUCGCCAGAAAUGGUAUCCGGUGUCAAAGACAUUGGCGGAGAAAGAAGCCUGGGACUAUGCAACGAGGCAUGGGAUGGACGUGGUGGCAAUCCAUCCAGCCACGUGUUUGGGACCACUUCUACAAUCUAGUUUGAAUGCAAGUUGUGCUGUAUUGCAACAGCUUUUGCAAGGAUCAAAAGAAACACAGGAGUACCACUGGUUGGGUGCAGUACAUGUGAAGGACGUGGCCAAUGCACAGGUUCUGCUCUUUGAGAACCCAUCUUCUUCAGGAAGGUACCUGUGCACCAAUGGAAUCUAUCAGUUUCGUGAUUUUGCUGAAACCGUCUCCAAAAUCUAUCCUGACUUUCCCAUUGACAGGUUUACCGAGGAAACCCAUCCUGGUAUGAUGGGAUGCAAAGAUGCAGCAAAGAGAUUGAUCGAGUUAGGACUGGUCUUUACACCUAUUGAAGAUGCUAUUCGAGACACGGUUGAAAGCCUCAAAGCAAAAGGCUUCCUGAGAUAGGAAAAUCUAUUAUCGUAGACCUUUUACUGCAAUACUUUCAAUUAAAUAUUUUCUUUAGCUAAUGAUGACUUGAAAAAUUAUCCUCAAUGGAAAGUAUUCUUAUGUCGUCAAUCAUUUGUUUUGGUUCUCUUUUAAUAGCUUUUGAGGAAGUGUGGUCCUUGACUCGUUAUAAACGUUUGAUUACACAUCUUUAACCAAUGGAUUUUGGGUUACUGUUUCACCACA